AGCCUUGAACUGUUUCCCAAACACAGCCUUCUCUCUGAACUGGUCUCCCUCCGCCACCCAAUCCUGUCGCCGGUAGCUUCCCAGCAUAAGCUCAAAACCACUGUUCUCCAACUCCAAGCAACAAACACAAUCAAAAUCUGAUAAGAAAAAUACUCCUAUUAAAAAUUUAAAGAGACUUCUUUUUAAUCGCCUUUUAUUUCCAAUUUCUUUUCCUCUGUUGCUUUCUUAAACCUGAAGGCUUCACCCACCGAAAUAAUCAUUUUCUUAAUUCCAGAUUUUUCUCCCUUAAUUCUUCAGAUUUCCUACUUUCAGUGAAAAUUGGAGGAAUAGAAAAGGUGAAUUUUUGUUAUCUGAUAAGUUUUUGGAGUUGAGUAUGAAUUGAAGGAGGUUUAGUGGAAGAGAUGAAUGUGAGCCGUGGCUCUGUUCACCCAGUGGAAGAAGAUCCACCUGCAACUGACGGAGCUGGAGGAGCUGGAGGCGAAGGAGGCGACAACGAGGUGCCAACAGUGAGGAUGAAGGAUCUUCAGGGAAUGCCUGGUACACUAGGAGGGCUUGUGUUGAGGAUAUGUCAGUUUGCUUUUGCAGUUGUGGGACUUUGUAUUAUGGCUACCACUAGCGAUUUUCCAUCUGUUACUGCCUUUUGCUACCUUGUUGCUGCCACUGGCUUGCAGAGUUUGUGGAGCUUAUCGCUUGCUAUCAUUGACAUAUAUGCCCUUUCAGUGAGACGUUCCUUGCAGAAUUCCCGUGUUGUUACUUUGUUUACUGUCGGUGAUGCGAUCACAUCCACUCUCACAUUUGCUGCAGCUUGUGCUUCUGCCGGCAUCACCGUUCUUAUCGACAACGAUCUUGAUAGCUGUGCUCAGAACCAUUGUGCAGAGUUUGAAACUUCGACUGCAAUGGCCUUCAUUUGCUGGUUUGCUGCAGUACCUUCGUUUCUGUUGAACUUUUGGUCACUCGCAUCCCGGUAAAAGGGGAAUGCGAAAAAACCGAAGUUGAAAGGAGUAAAACCAUAGCUGCUGUAGAAAUCAUUUUGUUAUGUCAAAUACAUUUCCCUUGUAGCAUUGUGGAACCUAUCGAUGUGUUGUUUUUUAAAACGUUUGUAUAGGCGUUAUGAAUACCAGUUGCUUCGGGAUUGUCUCA